CAAUCAAACCAUAUUAACUCUUAAAAUGAAGUUCGCCGUUCUGAUCUUCGCCGUCCUGGCCCUUGCCCUCGCCAACGCCCAAAAGACCAAUAAAACAAGUCCCAAGGCUGAUGACAACGGCAAAUAGGAUCUAAAUCUGAAGGCCAACUAAUAAGUCCCAAUUAUACAAAAAUAAAAUGAGGACCUCUUAACUUUGUCUUUCUUUUAUUGGAAAAGUUUUGAAAACCUUAGAGUGUGAAAGCGAAACCUUAGUGUUGCUCUAAAAACCUUAAAAAAUACAUUUAAAGUGAGAAAAUUUGAUGAUAGCUAAGACGAGGUAUCAAUCAAUUAUAUAUCCUAAAUAAAAUAUAGUAACCCGAAACAUGUAUAACUAAUCGAUUCGCGUAGCAGUUAACACUAUUGCCAAUUUAAUUUUUCCACCCUAAGUAGACGGGUAGAGUAAAUAAAAACCACUGUUUCCUUCCCAUCACAAACAAAAUGAAGGUAGCCGUUCUGAUCACAACUAUCUUAGGACUUGCUUUGGUGGAAGCCUAUCCCCUGCCAGGAGUUCCUCUCUCCCGUGGCAAAUAGAAUACUAAAUUGAAAACAAACCAUGUCCAAUUGUUAUCAAUAUCAACAUAAGAGUGACAUACAACUUGCUAAAAUUCCA